AUGCCAACUUGGUUCCUUCCUCCCGAUUUCACUUUCACGCCUGAGGGUCCGCUUAGAUUGGGAACUAUCAUCACGCACCCAGCAAGGCCAACAUUAGUGCUCGCAUCGCUUCCUGGUGAUACCGGCAUUAUCCUCCCGAAAGAGACUACUCUCGUGGAGCCGAAUCAUUCACACGAGAAGUCCAGCUCAAGAUCACGCUCGUUAAAUAUCUGGGCAAAUUUUCUCGAGGUGACCUCAGCAACUGUCAAAAUCGACACUGGCCGGCAAUAUAUCGAAAGCUACGGCACCGUUGACCAUGAGAUCCGCUUCUUCGCCGAUCCGUUGACACCAUCAAUAGCGUCUGCGAUAACUGCGCUCCCGGAUGUCAAAAAACAUAUCAACUCGGGGGUCUUCGGAAGACGACCAGUAUAUAUUGUCACAGGCCUUCGCAUAGCGAGGACAAGCUUCACGGUGAGCAAAGAUGUUUCGAAAACCCUCGGGGGCGAGAUAUCGGGAUCAGGGACGAUCCCUGGUGGGAUAGUUCCCAUUACUGCCGGUGCGGGCUCCAGUGGGUCUAGCGAGCGAAAAACCACGGGGUCCUAUGAUACAGCCCCGGGCAUCGUUUUUGCAUAUCGCUUGUCUGUCAUUCGGACGAAGAGAGCAGGGGUCGAGACCGAGCUUUUUGAUGACAAGGCCGCUUUCUUGACUGGUGAUGAAACAGAUGUAGAACAGCCACUUGUGGUCGUUGAGGCUACUAAGGAGGAGCUUGAAGAAGAUUUCGAGGAGCAAGUUGAAUUCCAGACAUUGAAACUAGAGAAAGGUGAAACUUGUAUCUCAUUUCAGAGCAGCUUUGCUGACUGUCCAACGACCACUACUGGCGCUUACUAG